AUGAUUAGGAAGAUGUCAACUGCACAGCCUUUAAAGAAAUUAGUGUCCUGUGUUAUCCUUGAUUUGGAUGGUACACUACUUAACACAGAUGGAAUUGUAAGUGAUGUUUUAAGAGUUUAUUUGGGCAAGUAUGGAAAGCAGUGGGAUGGACGGGAAAUUAAAAAAAUAGUUGGAAAGACACCAUUUGAAGCUGCAAGUGCUGUUGUUGAAGAUUAUGAGCUAUCUUGUACAACGAGUGAAUUGCUUUCAGAGAUUACCCCCAUGUUCUCCAAUCAGUGGUGCAACAUCAAAGCACUUCCAGGUGCCAAUCGGUUAAUUAAACAUUUGAGUGGUCAUAGAGUGCCAAUGGCAUUGGCUUCAAACUCUCCAAGGGAAAACAUAGAAACCAAAAUUUCUUACCAUCAGGGCUGGAAGGAAUCCUUUUCUGUCAUCAUUGGUGGUGAUGAAGUAAGAUUGGGGAAGCCUUCUCCGGAAAUAUUCCUUGAAGUUGCUAAAAGGCUUAAUGUCGACCCUUCCAGCUGCCUUGUGAUUGAAGAUUCUCUACCAGGUGUUACAGCUGGAAAGGCUGCUGGUAUGGAGGUGGUUGCUGUACCCUCCAUCCCAAAGCAGGCCCACCUUUAUACUUCAGCGGAUGAGGUGAUCAACUCUCUACUUGAUUUGCGACCUGAAAAGUGGGGCCUACCUCCUUUCCAAGAUUGGAUAAAAGAUACUUUACCACUAGAACCUUGGCACAUUGGUGGUCCUGUCGUUAAGGGAUUCGGUCGGGGCUCAAAAGUACUUGGGAUCCCUACAGCUAAUUUAUCCACAGAAGGUUAUGGAUCUCUUCUUUCAGAACAUCCCUCAGGAGUAUAUUUUGGUUGGGCUGGAUUAUCUAAACGAGGUGUCUUUAAAAUGGUUAUGAGUAUUGGUUGGAAUCCUUAUUUCAACAACACUGAAAAGACUAUAGAGCCAUGGUUGCUUCAUAACUUUGAUGAGGAUUUCUAUGGGGAGGAACUGCGUCUUAUUAUAGUUGGCUACAUACGGCCGGAGGCCAAUUUCUCAUCCCUCCAGAGCUUGAUAGAGAAGAUUCAUCACGACAGAAAAGUUGCAGAGGAAGCUCUUGAUCUUCCAUUGUUCUCCAAAUACAAGGACGACCCAUAUCUUAAAAGUUCUACAUAA